AUUGAAUUUUACUCGUAAAAACAAAUAAAUAAAUUCCGAACAUUGUACUCACAAAAAAACAAGUAGGUAACGUUUUCGUGAAACGGUGUGGUAUUUCGAAGAUUGGGAUCGUUUUUACUGGCGAUACAAUUUUUACCAAAAUUUUCGUAGUCAAGAGUGAUAUGUACGUGGAUUUAUUUUGAGUUAAUGAAAACAUGAUACUGUGGGAAUUAGGUGUAUUGUACUGUAACUGAACGUUAUAAUGUUUAAAUAAAUGCACAGUCGAAAAAUAUAAUUCUACAUCCGACUUUCAAACAAAAACUAUGGUUACAGAAGAACAGGUGUCGGCAUUUCUUGCCGAAAACUCCAAAUUUCUGGAAGAUUAUAUUAUGAAUAAAAUCGAAAUAGAACAGAUUGAACGGUGGAUUAUUCGAAAAUCUAAAAUAUCUGAUAAAACACCAGGCACAACAGUACAAACUCGAAAGACAAGUUUAUCUAAAUGGAAAUUUUGUGUACAUGCUGAUAAGCGUCAAAUGUUAAAAAACUUAACUCAAAGUCUUCAAGCUAAGCCUACCCAAGGUCACGUAUUAUGGGAGUUAGCCACUUGUAUAUCUUCCGCAGUCAAGGCAGAUGGAUUUAGAUUAUACGUUAUCGAUAAGGAAAACCCUUCACAGUUACUUCUGUACCUAGCCACCGAAGAAGAUGCAAAUCAUUCUCCAAAACUAAGAGUUAUUAAAAACAAUGUAUCUAUUCCGGCCUAUGUGGCAAAAACCCACGAAGCCGUAAGAUUUUCUAGAGGAAAAUCUGAUUCCAGAUUUCCAGACACGGUUGUCAAAGAGUUACAGAAUAAUAUAGCACAUAUUCAAUGUCAGCCAAUAACGCAAUCGGAUGGAAAAAUGGUAGGAGUUAUUGAAAUGUGGCGAAUCGAUUCCAAUAACCCCUUCUAUGAAGAAGAUGAAGAGAUCGCUAAUAGUUAUUUAGUUUGGGGAGGAAUUGCUCUUCAUUACGCUCAACUGUACUUGAAUAUGAAUCAACAAAAAAAAUUAAAUGAGUUUCUUCUGGCUGUUGUCAAAUCGAUUUUUCAAGAUAUGGUAAGCAUAGAUAGUUUAGUAAUCAAAAUAAUGAAUUUUGCCCAUCGACUGGUAGAUGCAGAUCGGGCUUCCUUAUUUCUUGUUGACUCAAAACGUAAAGAAUUAUACGCUACCAUCUUUGAUGUAGGAAUAGGAGACGAGCCAGAUCACGAUCCUUUAACAUUAGGUGAGGAUGACAUGCCAGUUAAACCAACCAAGGAAAUUCGUUUUCCACUAGGAACGGGAAUUGCCGGACAAGUGGCAUUGACUGGUGAAGUACUUAACAUCAAAGAUGCUUAUGCAGAUCCACGAUUCAAUAGAGCUGUAGAUCAGCUAACAGGAUAUCGGACACAAACCAUCCUUUGUAUGCCUAUUUAUAUUCAAGGCCAUAUUAUUGGUGUUGUUCAAAUGGUUAAUAAACACAAAGGCAAUUUUACAAAGAAAGACGAAGAAGCGUUUGAAACGUUUGCCGUAUACUGUGGUUUAGCACUCCAUCAUGCAAAGUUGUACGACAAAAUUAGAAAAUCACAACAAAAAUAUAAGGUAGCAUUAGAUGUUCUAAGCUACCACAAUACUUGCACGGAAGAAGAAUAUAAUGCUGCACUUAAAACCAAACAGCACGGCAAAAUGGUUGGCAUCGAUAACUACUACUUUAAUUCAUUCGAUAUCCAAGACUUGGAAAAAACCAAUCAAGCGAUUCAUAUGUUUAAUGACUUAUUUGAUGCUAGUCUAUUUGACCAGACUUGUCUUUUACGAUUUGCUCUUACGGUGAAGAAAAAUUAUCGAAGAGUACCUUACCAUAAUUGGACUCAUGGAUUCUCAGUUGCUAAUACCAUAUACUGCAUCUUAAAGCACUCUAAGAAAAUAUUUACCAGGAAUGAGUGCUUAGCCUUAUUCGUUGGUGCAUUAUGUCACGACUUAGACCACAGGGGGAAGAAUAACAAGUUUAUGUUGGAUACCGAAUCACCUCUGGCAGCGAUCUAUUCAACCUCUACAAUGGAACACCAUCAUUUUAAUCAAACUGUUACGAUACUUCAACAAGAAGGGCAUAACAUAUUCAGCAAACUAUCACACACUGACUACAAACAAGUAUUAGAUCAUUUGAAACAUUGCAUUCUGGCAACAGAUUUAGCCUUAUUUUUCCCAAAUAGAUCAAGACUUGGUGAGAUCGUUGAGAAAGGAUCAUUUUCCUGGAAUAUCACAGAACACAGACGUCUUAUACAGGCCAUAGCUAUGACGGGUAGUGACUUAAGUGCAAGUGCAAAACCGUGGGAUAUUCAGGUUAAGACUGUUGAGGUAAUAUUUGAGGAAUUUUAUGACCAAGGAGACGAAGAACGAAAGGCAGGUAGACCUCCCAUUCCAAUGAUGGAUAGAUACCAACCAGAUCAACAACCAACAAGUCAAGUUGGAUUUAUAACGGGUAUUUGUAUACCAUGUUAUACACUUCUCUCUACGAUCAUUCCUGAAACAAAGUCUUUACUGGAUAUGUGUUUGCAAAAUCUAGAUCAUUGGAAGAUGAUUGACGCUGACGUGACACAUAAACAAUGACGUUUCAAUAAAUGGGUUAUUUUUAACCUUUCCUACGAAAGAUAACAGAUUGAAUAGGUGUUUUUUUAUUUUGAAAUGUUUCACAUUUUUUGUUGUUAAACUGUCACAGUACACAUUUUAAAAAAAAUGAAGUUACUUUUAUAAUACACAUCUGUUGAAUUCCAAU